CAUUUCUUCAAGGAUUAAAUCACAGCAUGCAUUAUUUUAUCACCUCCUUUUCACAACAAUGUUUCUUAAUCAUGUUCACUAAGAUUUGCAGCUACUUUUUACACAUUUUGUAAAACCCAAUGAAGGGUAGAGUGAAGAAAGUGUCUUUUUAUGAAUGCCCAGCUAUUGGUGAAUGUGUUGACUCAAAGGAUAUUCUGGAGAAGAAUGGAUGCCAGUACUCUGUAGCAGCUCAUGCUGGCCAGGCUAAUCUCCUCACUGAUGAAGAAACCAACCAUUCGUCAAAAGAAGGACCAAGAGGUUUGCAGUUACUAACUGAUUCUGAGAAGGAUGGACAACUGUUGCCUAGAGGAGGAUUCAUGGAGAACAAGACAUUGGGAGUCGUGCUACCUGUGAACAGGGAAGAUGCAGCAUUCAUUUCAACUGUGUUACCCCCCCCAGGCACUGAAAAACAUACACUUCUUGUUACUCAAGUGAGCUCCGAACAGAGUGCAGUACAAGAGCGGCUGCCCACAGGGGGCAGUGAAAAUUUCGUCUGUAAGAGAAUGAGCACUCUGGAGACUGUUCAAGACGCUUUCCUGGAGCACAGUAUUGAUCUGAGAGACGAACAAGCCCUGGCUAUUCGUAAGAUAGAUGAAUUAGAGAAAGAGGUUUCUACACUGAAGGAAAGAUUCAACCAGACUGUAAGCUGUCUUCAAGAUGAACUGGAAACAAAGCUGUUACACUGGACUCAGGAAAGAGAGUCGCUUCUGGGGCAGCUAACAGAGGCUCAGACUGCCGUUUUGUACUUUAAAAAACAUUCCUUGCAAGAGCACAGUGAACAGUCUGACACAGGUGACCUUAGUGAUCAUACAGUUCUGGAUGUUCUCAUUGAUGAUGAAGCUGGAUUCAUGGCAUCAGAAUCAACUGGAACAUUUGAGGGUCCAGUUGAAGGUCUGCUACGGGAACAUUCACUAUUGUUUUCUGCAUCUCAAACUGAUGGACCGGAUGCACUUCUGAUGGAACAAGACUUACCAAUCGUUGUAAAUAAACUAAGUAGAAUUAGACAACAUAAGAUGAAUAUUGAAUUCAGAAAACUACAUGCACACAUUUUACAUUUUAAAGAUGCAAUUAUCAAAAUGUUUUUGGACAAAGAAAUGUUUAUUGGUGCCCAGCGCUUUAAUGAUAUUGCAGUACUGCAAUACAGUCCAGAUGUGGAUAUGUUGGAGCACGUUUGUUCCCUGGCCAGCAGUAGCCAGUGCAUCCUCAAUGAAGCUCUGACAGCAUUUAGUUUAUUGUUGAACAUGAGUAAGAAAGAAGGUGCUACAUCAUCCUAUGAUGGUACGUCUCACGAGCGAAGAAGCAUGAGCUACAUUAACUCUGUGCUGGAGCAAACCAGCCUCGACUCCUUGCCAGUCAAUGGGCUAAGCACUGCUGAUGCUGCCUUGGAGAGUCCAACAAAGUCAGAGCUGCAGAACCAAAUACUACAGAUGCAAACAGAGCUCAAUAUAAAAUCCCAACUUUGUCAGGAAAAAGACCAAAGAAGCCACCAUUUACUGUCAGAUAUGAAACAACGUGUUGACUUCUUACAAAAAGAGCUGAAUACAAUUAAAUUAUCUGCCAAGGAGGAAGGAAACAUACAAUUUAAUUCAAGCAAGAAAGGUCAAGACUCUGUGAUUUUAUUUACAAGAUUAGACAUGAAGCGAAACACACAGGUUUUGAAGAAAAGCCUGGCAGCUGGUAGGAUUCCUCAGGAGAGCUAUGAGAUUGCUUCUCAGGCAAUGGGGGAGUAUUCCAGACUUCAGAGAGAGAGAUUCAGCCAGCUUGUGAAGCAGUACACACAGCAUGUUGCCUUAUGUGAAGCCAAGAAAAACCCCAGUAACCUGAGAAAGAGAGCUGCUGCUGCUGCACCAGAUGAAUCAGAGACUCUCAGAAGAAUAGAGAUGCUUCACAGGAGGAAAAAGGAAACAUGGAACAGGAAAGAACUGGAUUUUUCAGAGCAGAGGAUGAAUCUUGCCAGAAUGUUGAUGAGCACAUUGAUUAAUAUUGAGGAGAAAUCAGGCUUGUUUUUAAUAAAGCCUGCACUCUCAUGGCAGGGGAGGCCUUCUACAAUGAAAGGACAAUUUAAAGUCAGUACAUGUCCUAAACUAGGAACAGUGCUACAUGUGCCUGCACCAUCCUUUGCUCCUACUGAACACGCAGCUGAACCUACAGCAGAAAGUCCUUUAUUGCAGCAUAUGGACUGCUUCACAGCAAGUUUUCAUGAAGGUAUCCAUCAUCUACCAUCUGAUUGUCCGUUGCCCGUGGCUGCAGGAUCUCAAGGAGUGUGGGACUUGGUGAUGGCACAACCUCGACCUGUUCAGUCAUCAGCAAAAAUAACUUCUUCUAAUAUACCCAAAAUACUGGAACUGGAUCUGCAGAGAGUGCAGUUUCCUCAACAACACCCCUGUUACAAAUUAUCCCAGAAGACAAUUCUAUCGGAAGUAAGACCUAUAAAGAAUACAACUAGAAGCUACUUCACAAUGAAACAUCAAAAUUAUCACCACUGCAUAGAAGCAGGGAAAACAAAACAAAUGUCUGGACCCCCUGUUAGGUGCCCAGCCCCUCCUAACCUUUACACAAGCGAUUUUGCACCAUCUGCACCCAGACCAACUCCUGAAGGUUAUCCAGCAUAUGCACUUCCACCCAUACAAGCAUCAUCUGAGGUCAGCUUCAAGUCACACUCAUGGAAAAAUACCCAUGAAGACUGCUUAGAACAGAAGGCCGGUUCAACUUCUUCAUCUGUUCAGUCCUUUUAAACGAUUCUGUUACUCUGCCCCGGAAAUAAACAAACCCAUAUGAAGGAAUUCAAAUAAUACAUCAUUUCCAAAGGAAAGCAGAAACAUGUAAAAAGGAUUUACAAAUGAGUGGAUUAACUUAUAUCACCUGGACUUUGUAAAUGACAUGGCAACAUUGUGGAUGAAAUGCACUGACAUUUACUGUUACU